AUGUUCGUCGCACGACAGAGGGUAGCAGGCGUGGCUCGUCAGCUGCAAAGGACGGCGCGAACCUACGCCUCCGACGCCCAUGCCCAUCACAAAGCCCCAGAAGUCAACGAGUCGUUCAGCACCGGUUCUCUCCUCGCUGUUGGCGGUUUCUUCGGCUCCGUUCUCGUCUACCAAUUCGUUCCGCAGGAGGGCGAGCAGUCCUCAAUCCUCAGCCUCAUCGACAAGUACACUUCCCGUGGAAAGGACUGGGAGGAUAUCAAUGCGCUUCACACAAAGGCCAUGGAGCAGGCUGGUUACGACCGAAACCUCUUCGAGAAUGGCGGCAACAAGCACCGAUUUGUUGAUGUUGCCUAUCCCGAGGCAAUGACUUCGUAUGCUCCCCGAAACAAUGUCGCUGGCCACCUGGCCAACAUGGACUACGUCGUUGAGCACUACCGACAAAAGCAUAUCCAGGAGGAGGAGCGGAAAGCUGCCAAACUGGCACAGAAGGAGGAAUAG